AGCUGAUGUACCGGGAUAGCUGUGUAAAAGACGAACAUACAAAACAAAAAGUACAGCCGAUUUGUUUAUCGUAUUACUAACCUCAAUCUGAUUCUGAAAUGUACGUGGUUAGUUGUUGGGAGUAAACAUAAUUUAAUCGAUUUAAGUUGAUGUGGCCUAUGCUAGAACUUCAUCACGGAAGACUGAUCACAUUAUUAUUGAUUCACUCCCAGCACAGUGUUACCAAUCUGAAAUGUAUCAGGCAGCUGUAAUUGGCCUUGGUCUUUCCCAUUCACUACUGAAACCUGUUGGAAUACUUUCUCUUCAUUCCUUCUCAAGGAUUAGGAUAGAAAGUUUAUCUACCUCUUCAGUUUUACUUAGGAAAAUGGCUCUGUCACCCAAACUUACAGGUGAGGAUAGGGAGUCACACUUAAAACCUCUUUUACAAAAGCAGUGGGUCCUGGAGGAUGGGAAGGACGCAAUUCACAAAGAUUUUCAGUUUAAAGACUUCAACCAGGCAUUCAGCUUCAUGACUCGUGUAGCACUGCUGGCUGAGAAGAUGGAUCAUCAUCCAGAAUGGUUCAAUGUCUACAACAAAGUCAAGGUCACACUGUGGAGUCACGAUGUUCAGGGGCUGAGUCAGCGGGACAUCAAGAUGGCCACUUUCAUGGAGACUGUCGCUGCUUCCUUGGCAGCUUAAGUAACGGAGAUAAUAAUAUAUGUGUGAUAUUUUCUAUUGUCUUAUUUUUAGAAUAUAAUAUAAUGUUAAUUUACAAACCUA